UGUCACGUGUUCAUGGCGGAUGUUUUUAGAAACAUUCGUUUGUGGUUUGACUAUAUUUUUCAAAUUAUGAAUAGAAGGCCUGAAUUAUGUUGCCUUAUUUUGUCAUUUAUAGUAACAUUGGUAUCAAAGCGAUCUGAUAGUGCAAGUAGUAUCACAAGACCUCAACCUCCACCACAGUUUUUCUUUCCACGCAACUCUGCCGUAAAAGAUUUUCCAUAUGGCCAAAUUGAACAGAUUGCAGACAUGCUGCAAAGGGAGGAGGUCCUGUUUAUCAUGUUUUAUGCCCCCUGGUGCUCAACUUCACAGUCGGCAAGGCAUGAUUUUCUACAGGCUGCAAAAUAUAUGGAGAAUGAAAUCAAAUUCAUAGCAAUCAACUGCUGGUGGAAGAAAGGAGAGUGCUCUGAGAAGUUCCGUAUCAUGUCAUUCCCUGUUAUCUAUGUGUACCAUCACCAUACAACAAAUGGCUUCCACUACAGUGGUCCUCUCUCUGCAGAGCACAUGAUCAGCUUCUUAGAGAAGUUCCUAUAUCCUCUCACACACAUCCACUAUGAGCAGGACGCACACAGCCUGGUUGCUCAGUAUGAUAACACAGCAUUUGGCUUCUUUGACUUCAAUGUAUCUCCCCAGCCUCCUGGCUUUACCAAGUAUUACUAUGCAGCUCUACGUACACUUGAACAGAACCCUGUUCAGCAUGUGCAGUUUGGUGUUAUAACCAACCACCAGUUGGCGCUAGUGUGGGGAGUGGAAGUGGCUAACUCAAUAUGGCUGGAAAGAAACUUUAAUAACACUUUGAUGUACCCAGUAAAUCUAGACAAUGCUACAGCUAGUGGAAUCGCACAUUGGAUAGGACGCCAUAAACAACAGCCGCUAGUGAAAGUGUUAACACCCCCUGGAAUGAAGAGUCUGCAAUUGUCAUCAGAGAUAGAGAAAGGAGCUGCUGUUAUAUUGUUCACUCCUAUCAACCCUAUGGAGGAUAUUAACCAAUAUAUAUCAACUCUACGAGAGCUUGUGUUUGACUACAAGAACUGUUACAAUGACACUGACAUUAGGGGCCACAUUUCAACCAGUAUUCGACAACGUCUUACCUCAAUACGUACCCUGCUCCACAAUCUAGGACACUGCCCAGAAAUUCUAAGUAAACCUAAGCCAGUUGUUGCGUAUAGUAACACAUGUUGCCAGAGUUAUAUGGCCAGGUCAGAGCAGAAACAGAAUGUGUGCAAUAUAUGUGUAAACCAAGAGAGGUACCAGCCUUUCGCCAAUAAUAUGCAAUGUAAUACAAAACAAAUGGAAAAUGUGCAGAGUUUUUGCGGUGAUUCUGCGACUCAUGAGUGUUGGAACAUAUUAGAACAUUACAACCCCAAUGAAUACAUAGAACUGUGUCGUGAUAAUGUAGAAACACAGUCAAAAAGAAUAUCACCCAGGAUGCUUAAAUCUUUAUUCAGGGGCGAUAGUUAUGUUAAAAAUGCCCAAGAAACGAGAACGAUAAAAAAUUGUGAAAAAAUAAGAAUAGCAAAACUACAAAAGUGUUUAUCCAUGAAAGGAACAAUGGACUUUUCAGCGAAAGAUUUCCCAAAAUUUACUGGACUUGGUUGCAGGACUAAUAGGACUCUGAACUUUUACGUCAUGGAUACUAAACACAAUGCUGCUUAUGCAGACAGAUACGGAAUGAAUAUAGAGGGAGCUGCGGAUAGGACAGGAAUGGCUCUUGUUGACAAAAAGGAUGAGUCUAACUUUGUGCUGAAUACUAAUAUCACCAAAGAAAAUAUAGUGAGUUUUAUAUUGAACUACACAGAAGGGAACCUACAUCGUCACCUACGCUCAGAUGACCUCAAUACACAAGACUGUCACUACAAAGACCCAGAGCCUUGCAUUGUUGAGGUCACCUCAAAAACAUUCCGAACUAUAGUUCUAGAUAGCAAAAAGGAUGUAUUGCUGCUAUACUACGCCCCCUGGUGUGGAUUCUGUGCUAGUCUUGCUCAUGUUUAUCUAGCACUAGCUCGAUAUUUUCACAAUGCUAAAGACAUAGUCUUUGCCAGAAUAAAUGGUGAUACCAAUGACCUACCUUGGCAGUUUACUGCUGAUAAGUACCCCAGUAUACAGUUCUACCCUGCUAGAAGAAAAGCUGAUAGUGUGUCAUAUCCAGAAUUCCUUCCUAAGACUUUACCAAACCUCAUCAAGUUCAUACUAAAAUAUUCCACUAAAUCCUUAAAGCUACAAACAGUUUUAGGCACAUGUACUCAGCCCUGUGUGCAACAUAAUAAAAAACUUGUGAGGCAGCGUAUACAGAAUUUAGCACAGGACAUAGAAAUGUUAAAUAAUCGCAGAGACAAGUUUAAGAAACAUUUAAAAACUAUUGACGCUGCUCAAAUAGAUGAUAGUGCCAUCAUAAGUCACCAGGAGUAUAUAUCAGUGCUACAUCGUAGAAUCGAUAAACGGCAACUGCAGCUAAAAAAUUCCAAGAACUUGCUCAAAGUCUUAUAUGAAACGCAGGAUCGUUUUAUGUCUGAGAAACAGCUACACAUAUUAGUGGAGAACUAUGAAACAUACAAAUCUAAACUUAAAUUGAAAUCUAGUCUUUCAACUGAAACAGCAGAACAUGAUUCUCCUCAAAAUACAGGAAAACCUGACAAGAAAUCCAUCAAUGUUGAUAUGAAAGAGGAAUUAUAAUAUAUUGCCUGUACACAGUGCUAGGGAAAUCGGAGGCAUUUUGGCAAACCAAUGGCCAAGAUGGAUGGAGUACUUAAGGGGUGGAUACGCUGGUAUGCAAAAUGCUUGAAACGGCGGCAGAACGGCAAGACUGCUUGAAUUGAAAUGGUUGAAAUAAAAGUGAAAAUAGGAGAAUUGAUAGAAAUGCUUGAAACAGUGAAACAUGCACAGCACACGAAACUGUAAUUUCAUUUUCCAAGACAUAUCGAUUGAAAUGAUUGAAACGGUUGAAAAGCCUAGCCGAAAUGCUUAAAACGAGAAAUGUUCAUGUUUGUUUUUCUUUUCAACCGUUUCUUCCUUAACUGAUUGUGUGAUUGAAAUGCUUGAAAUGGCGAAAACAAGCACAAACAGCGAAACUAAUUUCAUUUUCAAAGACGAUUGAAAUGCUCAGAUUGACGCAAGCAUUGAAAUGUAGGGAAUUAUGCACGCAUUGAAACAAUUGAACUGAUUGAAACGAUUGAAAUGCAAUUCACAGUGUAUGUAGGGCUUAAGACUCUGUAAUGACCUGGUACAUUCUGUCUUGUUGUUUUACACUAACAUACUUUGUUGGCCAUCCAGUAUAUUUCAAAAACAUUGUUACCAAAGAGAGUCAUGAGAAAUGUCCAUCUUGUCCCAUGCUUAAUCUUGCCAUCAAGGUUACCUUACACUAUUUAUUUAAAAUGAAAUAAAAAGCUAUGAGUGUCAAUGAUAUUUGUUUCUAGUUUAAUGACAGUCAUGUUAUAAUUUGUAGCAUGGGAAAUGACUAGAAUUGAUCAUGAAAAAUGGAUAGUUUGCUACCAUCUUAUUGUAAUUUACCCUUUGCAAGUUUCAAAUUCAUCUCACACUCUAUGUACAUUAUUGAUAUACCUCUGAACUCACCAAUCCUGUCAGAGCCUGACAACCCUCAAAGACUGUGCUUCAUAUAUUUAAUGUAAAUGUGGCUCUGAAGUGGUAUCUGAUUUGUUGAAUCUUUGAAUGUCAGACUGUAAAAGAAAGAUUGUCUUUAAUCACCCCUGUGGUGACUUCAAAUUUUUUCAAUUUGGCUAUAUUAAAAAACCUUUAUGAUUUGGAUUUUUAUUGGAUAAAUAUGUACAAUGGUGCAAUUUUUUACCUGUCAGUAACAGAUGUCAAAAAUAAAAUGUUUUAUUCCAUACUUGGUAGUGUUAUAGGUAAAUAACGUGCAGGAAUAUAAUUGAUAUCUGAUUUUGAAGUGAGC